AUGGCGAGACGUGGAAACUUGGAAAGCUGGGAGUACUGCGACAAGAUAUUGGCCGAGGCAUGGCAGGACGAAAAGCCGCGACUGGUCACAGCAGAUGUUCUGCUGGGCAUAUUCGAGGAAGGCGCUGAAACCGAGGUUGCUGUGCCUCUUGACGAGGUGUUCGCUUCGCCUCGGCCCUCUGGCUUGGGACGCCAAGCCGACCGCCUUCUGGGAGGGGGCCUCUGGCCCGGAGAAGUUGCAGAAGUCUACGGUGCUCCGGGCGCAGGCAAAACCCAGCUGGGUCUCUGCCUUGCAAUGCAUGCAGCUUCCAGCGGCAUUGCGGUCCACUACCUCACGAACAAGGAUCCUCCGGCAAUUCUGGCCAGACGGUUGCAGACUCUUGCGCUGGCUCGAGAAGAGGUGACUGUGACUGCGGAGAUACUGUUGGACAAGAUUCGCAUCUCUGACAUGGCAGACUUCACAGCGUUUGCCAGACUCAUGACGCAUGCGCUCGCACGGCCGGAGUCCAUGCCCGGCUUGAUUGUGCUGGAUGGUCUGAGCGUGCUGCUGUCGCCAUUCACAUCUGCAACAAGUUGGUCGCACAGGUGGCGCUUGACUUGGAGCUGGCGGAUGCUACGCCAGCUUGCCAUGGCAGGCUGCUGUGUUGUUCUCCUGUCUCACACAGCUGGGUCAAUGGGCACUUCCCAGCUCGCGUUGGGGCAACAGUGGUCUCAUGCUGCCUCUGUCCGCCUGGAGCUGAGCCGCCCAUUGGCAGGAAAUGCGCUGCGCCUCUGCCUGCGUAAGAGCUGCCGCCAGCAACUCUGUCAAACCACUGAUGGAGGAGACGAGGUGGACAAUGCUCUCUCUGCGGACUUGAUCAUUGAUGAGGCCGGCAUUCAUGUAUCUUCUUCGAUGGCAAAUCCCAGGCCUUAA